AUGGCAGAUGCAACAGCGUCAACUCCGCCGCCGGCAGCAUAUGCCGCCUCGCCAGUAACACCCAUCAACCUCAUCCUCUUCUCGCUCUUCGCCUUCCUCGUCUACCUCCGCCUCAAGCCCUCCACUCCCGCAACACUCCCCCGCGCCCCACCGCCCACCGUCUUCCGCACUUUCACGCCCCCCUCUCUAUUUCCCUACAACGGCCUGAAUGGCAUGCCCGUAUAUCUAGCCGUGCGCGGCCGCGUCUUCGAUGUAACCUCUGGUCGUAACUUUUAUGGCCCGGGAGGUCCUUAUGCGAACUUCGCGGGGCGCGAUGCGAGUCGCGGUCUUGCCUGUGGCAGCUUUGACGAGGACAUGUUGACCAAGGAUCUGGAUGGGCCGCUGGAUACUUUGGAGGAUCUGGAGGAUGAGCAGAAAGAGGCGAUGAGGGGGUGGGAAGAGAGGUUCGAGGAAAAGUACUUGGUGGUGGGCAAGCUGGUGGCUGUUGGAAGUCCGGACGCAGAAUUGGAAUAG